ACGUGCUGCUCCUCAGAACGUUAAGGCGAGGCUGGUGAGGCGCGAUGGAGGUCUGGUUAGCUGGACCCAACCUGCCAUAGUCGGCGAUCUAGAAGCACUGCAGGAAUACCGGGUCCUCUAUACCAUCAACCCUUCCGCACCUGUCCAGUACUGGAACAACAUGUCUGUACCACGUGACCAGACGUCAGCUAUCAUCCGGGGUCUGAGUCAGUUCGCUACAUACACCAUUAGGAUACAGGCAGCUUACAACGACGGUCAGAGAAUUGACUCCAGCGACAUCGAGUUGUUCAUCAAGGACUCUUCAGCUGAUGAGAUCCAACUCCGUGUGAGCAACCUGGAGGGUGAGAUCCUCAGCCCGUCUAGCGUCAAGAUCUACUGGAAGAACCCAGUGAGCGUCGAGCCGACGGAAGGGUACGAGUUGGCCAUCGACGACGGCAAGGGUUACCAGGAGCAGAUCCGCAUUACAGGGGCAGCUAACUCCUACGUCCUUAGCGGGCUGACUCCAGGGGGAGGUUAUAUCGUCAGGAUCGCUCGGAGGUCCAAAUACGGUGUAGGACCGCUAACCGAUCCUCUGAGCGUCAGACUCCCUAGCUUCAUUUUGGAGGCACCUGUUAUAACUGAUUUGUCUCCCUUGAACUCGACUGCAAUCAAGGUCACGUGGGAAAGUCCUUCUUCAGAAUCUCUUCUGCUGGAGUUGAUUCAGGGGUUUGUUGUGUCCGUGGACAACCAGCGCCGUCGUGAAAGUCGGCGAGUGAGUGUGGAACGCGACGACCGUCAGGCGGUGGUGGAGGGGCUGACACCAGACACCCGGUACAGCGUCAGGGUGUCUGGCAUCACCGAUCAGGGGGACGGGCCCAGCUCCGACCCGCUCUUUAUUUCCACCAAGUCCAGAGACUCUCAGGCCCCUAUUCUGGUGGAAGUCGCCGGCGUCAACGGAACAUCCCUCUUCAUCCGAUGGAGACCUUCGCCCUUCGCCGGUAAUGUGAACCCUACAGGUUACUUCGUGUACAUCGAGAAGGUCAAAGCCGGUCCCUGGGACUCCACUGUACGCUACAUCAUGGACGUCCGACCCGGCACCAACCAUGAGAUUGUCAUGGGACAACUCUCCCGGGAACGAAGUACAGUGUCGAGGUGGCUUGGUACAACAACGAAGGGGAGGGACCUAAGAGUGAACCGAUGA